AUGACGCACGGAAAUCGCAAGCAGACGCUGGAGGAGCGACGGAAAGGUGAACUGGCGCUCAGCGACUUUGUCGAAUAUGUCGAGAAGCAGCAAGCGCAUCGCGCUCCUCUGCACCGUGAUAUCCGUGGAGCAUCCGUAGCACCCAGCGACAGCGGCUAUUCCACCGUGAGCCAGAUGACGACAACAGAAGACCAUGCGGAGCUCGAUAUUCUUGACCAGCUAGGGCUGUCUGACAAUACAGGUCAGGUAGAGCUAAAACAACUGCUUCUGGAUGACUCGGCUACCGCAGAUGAUACGCUGCAACAACUCGCCGGUGUAGUACAGGCUCGACUUGGUGAAGGUCGUGGGGAAACGAUUUUCGACCUUGGACAGGAAGACAAUGGGGAUUGGAUGGGCUUCAACAAAACACAGUGGGACACCGCCCUAGAGCGGCUCCGCAGAGCCGCACAAACGCUUCGGGCUGACUGUAAAGUGUUAUUAACCUACAAUGUCGGUGGUCCAGAAGAGGUGGAAUCUAAAAACGAACGGAUCAAGCAUGCUUACGGCAAAAUCCUCAUUCGACAAGCCGCAGCGUCGCCUGAGGACGUGAUUGAAACUAGAAUCGCGGUCGUUGGAAAUGUGGAUGCUGGAAAAAGCACCUUGCUUGGUGUUCUUGUCAAGGGUAAACUCGACGAUGGCCGUGGAAGAGCAAGGAUCAAUCUCUUCCGCCACAAACAUGAAAUCGAGAGUGGUCGAACGAGUUCAGUGGGCAUGGAAAUAAUGGGAUUCGAUACCCAUGGUGAGAUUGUUGGACGUGGGCAAGGACGCAAACAAUCUUGGGAGGAAAUCGGCAGGCAAUCUGCCAAAGUAAUUUCCUUCACAGAUCUGGCUGGGCAUGAACGCUAUCUACGGACCACCGUUUUCGGAUUGUUGAGCAGCAGCCCUAAUUACUGCCUGCUUAUGGUUGCUGCAAAUAAUGGCAUAAUCGGAAUGAGCAAAGAGCACCUUGGAAUCGCAUUGUCUCUGAAUGUUCCCGUCAUGGUGGUCAUUACCAAAAUAGAUAUCUGCCCGCCCAAUAUCCUCCAGCAGACCCUCACCCAGUUGACUCGCAUCCUCAAAUCUCCAGGUGCUCGGAAAAUACCUAUAUUCAUCAAAAACAUGGAGGAAACCGUUAACACAGCGACCCAAUUCGUUAACCAGCGGAUAUGUCCCAUAUUCCAGGUGUCCAACGUGACAGGAGAGUCUCUUGAUCUUGUCCGGACCUUCUUAAACAUCCUUCCGCAUCAUGGACAGUACGACGCUGACGCACCCUUCGAGUUCCUGGUGAAUGAUACCUUCUCUGUUCCUUUCGUGGGAACUGUUGUUUCUGGCGUUGUUAAAUCAGGGGUGGUCCAUGCCGGAGAUUCCAUAAUGAUUGGCCCAGAUUCGCUUGGCCAGUUCCGGACAACAACUAUCAAGUCUAUUGAACGAAAACGUAUAGCCGUGCAUGCCUGCUCUGCUGGGCAGUCUGCUUCUUUCGCCCUCAAAGGUGUUCGUAGAAAAGAGGUGCGUAAGGGCAUGGUCGUUCUCCCAAAACUUGACCAGCCUCCAAAAGUCUAUCGCGAAUUUGUCGCUGAAGUCCUGAUUCUUUCUCAUGCAACUACCAUCAAAACAAAGUAUCAGGCUAUGCUUCACGUUGGCGCGGUGAGUCAGACUUGUGCCAUCAUCGACAUAGACCGUGACUAUAUCCGCACUGGGGACAGGGCUCUAGUUGCAUUCCGUUUCAUUCAACGCCCUGAGUUCGUAUCAGUUGGCGAUCGGAUCCUGUUCCGCGAGGGUAGAACUAAAGGGUUAGGGAUUGUGAAAGCAGUGUGCUAUGACCCCAGCAAUCCACUGAACCCCAAAAGUAAAGAAAACGCCGAAGGAAACGGUCAAGUACCACAACGACAGACUAAAUAA